AUGCUGAGCUUGAAUCUUCUUCCGUCCUCAAAUGUCGCUUUCUGCAAAUCCAAAAGUCGAUGUUCCAUUAAUGAUUCACUUUUGGAUCCAAAUCCUGGGAACAGAAGGAAUCAAUUCCAUUUAGAUACACCCAACUCUCUACCCUUUUUAAAAAUCUCUGCUUUCAGCCGAAUCCAUGGCAUCCCUGCGAGGAUUUCCUGUUCGAGAUUGGAUUCUCUGGGUUGUGCUGGAAACCCGUUUGUGGUUUCUUCAAGAAGGGCAUCUCAGGUUGCGAAAUCGGUGCCUGGGACCCCAGAAGAAUCGAGCCCAGAUGGUGGAAUAGAAGCAGCGAAACCGGACAAGAAAUUUCAGCUGGCUGUUAUCUUUGGUCUCUGGUAUUUUCAGAACAUUGUGUUCAACAUUUACAACAAGAAGGUUCUGAACAUUUUCCCAUUCCCAUGGCUUCUUGCAUCUUUCCAGCUGUUAUGUGGGUCGAUUUGGAUGUUUAUUCUCUGGUCUACAAAGCUUCAACCCUGCCCAAAGAUAUCUAAAUCAUUCAUCAUUGCUCUUCUUGGCCCUGCGCUGUUUCACACAAUAGGUCACAUUUCAGCAUGCGUUUCAUUCUCCAAGGUGGCUGUUUCUUUCACGCAUGUUAUUAAAUCUGCAGAACCUGUGUUCUCUGUGAUUUUUUCGUCAUUUCUUGGUGAUACAUAUCCUCUGAAUGUUUGGCUGUCUAUAGUUCCCAUUGUGUUUGGUUGCUCUCUGGCUGCUAUUACUGAAGUGUCAUUCAAUUUUGGAGGUUUAUGGGGUGCCAUGAUAAGCAAUGUAGGGUUUGUGUUGAGGAACAUUUAUUCCAAAAAGAGUUUGCAGGAUUGGAAGGAAGUGGAUGGACUGAAUUUGUAUGGGUGGAUUAGUAUAAUCUCAUUCUUAUAUCUGUUUCCGGUGGCUAUCUUUGUUGAGGGCUCUCAAUGGGUUGCAGGGUAUCAUAAAGCUAUUGAAACCAUUGGAAAACCCUAUACCUUUUACUUUUGGGUGAUUCUAUCUGGAUUGUUUUACCAUCUUUAUAAUCAGUCAUCUUAUCAAGCACUGGAUGAUAUUAGCCCCCUUACAUUCUCUGUGGGAAACACAAUGAAGAGGGUGGUAGUCAUUGUUGCUACAGUGUUGGUUUUCAGAAAUCCAGUGAGGCCGCUUAAUGCACUUGGUUCUGCUAUUGCGAUAUUUGGGACUUUCCUGUAUUCACAAGCUACUGCUAAAAAGCCUAAGAAAGAAGCCUAA